AUGUCAUCAAUGCUUCACUAUCUCGGCUUCGGCAAGGACGCACCUCCUACGAAGGAGCCUGUCGACGAAACACCAAUUCGGGCUCUGCCAGCAUCAUGGUAUACAUCUCCGGAAAUGUACGAGCUCGAACGCCGUGCGAUCUUUUCCCGGAGAUGGAUUUUCAUCACACACAGCUCUCGACUGAAGAACACGGGCGACUGGCUCCGCUACGAGAUGGCGGGUUAUGACUUUAUUCUUACUCGGGAUCGUCAGGACAAUAUCAACGCCUUCCACAAUGUCUGCAGACACCGCGCCUAUCCCGUGAUUGAAAAGGAGGGACAAGGAAAUUCGAAGAUUCUGUCCUGCAGAUAUCACGGGUGGUCCUACGGACUCAAUGGCAAACUCGCCAAGGCCACGGGGUUCAAGGAAGACUUGAAAAAGGAGGAUAACGGGCUUUUCAAGAUCCAUGUCAAGGUUGACGUGAACGGAUUUAUCUGGAUCAACAUGGACGCGAAGGAGACACCGGAAGUUUCAUGGGAAGAGCACUUUGCGAAUGUCGACAAGCAGGAGCGUUAUAAAGCAUACAACUUUGACAACUACGAUCUUGAUCACAGUUAUCAAUUAGAUGGCGAGUUCAACUGGAAGAUCCUUGCCGACAACUUCAACGAAUGCUACCAUUGCCCGACAACACAUGCCGAUAUUCCGGACAUUCUGAACCUUGAAUCAUUCGACAGCGAUCUCAAGGAUGGCCAUAUUCAGCACCACUGUGAAUCCACACCAGAGCAGAAGGCUGCUGGUCUAUACACUGCUAGUACAUACUACUUCCCCGCUACCGCAAUGGUCGUUUCCCCGCAUUUUAUCAUGAUCCAGAAAUUCAUGCCCAAGGGCCCGAAAGCCUCGGCUAUGGCGUAUGAGGUUUACCGAAAUCGGGAUUCCUCCGAGGAAGACUUCAAGCGGAUCAGCGACCUAUAUGAGCGCGUGAUGAGGGAAGAUAAGGUGCUCUGCCACAAUGCACAGAAGAAUCUUGACCGUGGAGUUUUCGUCAAUGGCCAGCUGCAUCCGAAAUACGAGAAAGCGCCUAUCUUUUUCCAAAGCACAUGUCGGGAUGUGGUUUCAGAGCAUUUUGAACGCGAGAAGGCCGAGGGACACGAAAUUUGGCCGGCGAGACAAAAGGUCCCCGGCAAUUCGCAAGUGAGUGAGAAGGACGAGAUGAUGUGUGCGGGACUGGCAUGUGGACCUCAGCAAGCGGUCCUGGCCUGGUGA